CAUGCUGGGAAAUAAAUGGCGCCUAUCAUCGCAAAGAGAGACAGUGCGGACUGCCCUUGAAAUUAAAGUUGUCUUCAUGAUAUUUCUGCACAGCGGCUCAAUACUUAAAGCAGGAUAAAAAUCUACACACAUGCUUAAGUUCAUUGUAAUGGGAUUACGUGGUUUUUUCUUGCUGGCAGCAAAGAUUUGGAGUUUUCUGUGUUACUGUUUCAAAAGACAAGCAAGAUCUGUUAUACAAUACCAGACUGUGAAGUAUGAAGUUAUACCACUGUCCCCUCUAUCUAAACACCGGCUUAGUAUGUUGAAAAAGAAAACCCUUGUUCUAGACUUAGAUGAAACAUUAAUUCAUUCACAUCAUGAUGGAGUCCUAAGACAGACUGUGAAGCCAGGGACUCCCCCAGACUUUGUUCUAAAAGUCAAUAUAGACAGGCAUCCUGUUAGAUUUUUUGUUCACAAAAGACCACAUGUAGACUACUUUUUGGAAGUGGUUAGUCAGUGGUAUGAACUUGUAGUGUUUACAGCAAGUAUGGAAAUAUAUGGCUCUGCGGUGGCCGACAAAUUAGACAAUAAUAGAAAUAUAUUACGGAGGAGGUAUUAUAGACAGCAUUGUCGAUUUGAAUUAGGUAGCUAUACCAAGAGUCUUUUGGAGAUAAAUGAAGAUCUGUCGAGUGUUUUUAUACUAGACAAUUCCCCAAUAGCAUAUAAGUAUUAUGAAGAUAAUGCAAUUCCUAUAAAGUCGUGGUUCAGUGACCCUACAGAUACGUCACUUUUGUGUUUACUGCCGAUGCUGGACGCAUUACGAUUCUGUAAUGACGUCAGAUCAGUGCUGAGCAGGAACAUUCACAAGACGUACAACAUGUUAGACUGAGUUCACUUUUACAUGUAUGUUUGUGUGUAAAUUUUACCCAGCAACAAGUUCUAGUGCGAGACUGCAGAAUGAGCAAGCUUGACUGUGACAGAACGGUGUAUGGAUGAUGAAGAAGCAGAAAGGCUUAGGAGUCAGAAGAAGGACAUAGGAACAGAUUUACUGCUAACUUCAGACCGUGUUUGUUUAUUCCCAGAUUAAAAAAAAAAUUCCAGGGCUUUUUAGACCAAACAGAAUUUGCUCUCCUUCUGAUAUUUUGUUAAGAAGCUGCCAUGUGCUUCAUGGAUUGAAAUCAUGACAUUGAUUUUUUAAGUGUUUUGUUUUGUUUGCACAAAGGUUGGUCUUUUGUUAAACUGAAGUCUUAAAAGAUUUUUACAAUUGAUUAAUUGAUACACGUUUACUAUAUUCAACUGAUAUUGCAAGCUACAUAUAUUUGUCCAUUCAUGAGAAAAGGGAGUAGUUCAAAUUCAUUUUCUCAACUGUGUAAGAAAGUUAUUUUUGUAUGAGUGAUUCACUUCAUUGUGAAAGUUUUUGGUGCAAUGAUUUCAUAAAAUUUAUUAUGUACCAUGGAAAAAAAUUAUGUUUUUAAAUGGCAGCUGCAGUGCAUCAGGACGUACUAAUUCUUUCUCAAACCAAUAAGAGUUAGUUAAUACUAUGUCUGACGUCUGACAGUUUUGUAAUGCUUCUGAAAUAAUAUCAUGUCUUUUGUAUUAUUAGCUACUGUAACAUUGUAAUUUUUGUAUGUUAAGAUUUUUUUGUGUGUGCGAUGCAGAUGAAGACAUUCUGUACAUCAUAUCAAUGUCAUAAUUAGGCAUUUACUCACCUACAGCUGUUGUCAAAAUCAUGUCAGUCUUUACAUUACAUUGGUUUAAAUGUCAUCCCUUUCAUUGUAAAUGUCAUUUUAUCAGAAAAUCCAUAAAAAAAAAUUUAAAUUCAUACUGUUUCAAUGGUUAAAAAAGUAAGUUACAUAUAGAUGUAUGUCAUGUUCUCAUAUGGGUCAGAGAUGAGACGAGGAGUGGGGGGGUAAGUUUAUAGGUUUUUUAUUAAGUUUGAAACUUUAAAUUAUUGUUUACUAAUUGUUGCGAUGAGCUCUUAAUUCCAAAUACACAAUAAAAUAUUCAAUUUUUCUUUGGAAACUGAUCAGUGCAGUUAGUGCCAGUAAGUUUGAUGUGAUAGUACCCUAUGCUGUGAUUUUAAGGAGAAAGGGACUUCAAAAGUCCAUAUAUAUGUUGUUGGCCAUUGUUAAUGCUUAUUUAGACCAAGAUAAAAUCUGAAAUUGACUGUGAUCAAUGGUAUGCUGUUUACUUGUUACUAUUAUUAAUUCUUAGAUUCCAAAUUAUGGUUAAAAAUUGAAUCAUCUCACCUGUAUGCUUGAUAUUAGGUGUUAGCAGGUAGUUGAUACUUGUAAC